UGCUUUUAAUCUCCGUGUGAGAUACAUGUAUCGUGCGUUCCUCUGGUCUCUGCGGUGCAAGUGCUUUGUGUGCCAUAUCUCCGUAUCUCUUAGACGAUUAUGAGAAUCGCCGUGAUCGGUGCAGGAGCCGCUGGACUAGCUGCGCUCCGGCACUGCACUUCCGGUACUUACGAUGAUCAAGUGGUGUGUUACGAAAAAACAGACCAAAUAGGCGGCACUUGGGUCUACCGGGAGGAAACUGGUUCCGAUAGAUACGGCUUGCCGAUUCACACUAGCAUGUACAAAAGCCUCAGGACUAAUUUGCCGAAGGAAGUGAUGGGCUAUCCAGAUUAUUCAAUAUCAGAAAGACCUCAAAGUUACUUGUCGCGCAUGGAGAUAUUGGAUUUCCUGAACGCGUACUGUGAUCAUUUCACACUACGUCCUUACAUUCGUCUGCUGCAUCAUGUAGAGCUAAUUGAGCCGGCCGUGGGGGACCGGAAGUGGUCGGUCAAGGUCAAGGAUCUGCAGAGGGACGUACUCAUGACCGAGUCGUUCGACGUGGUCAUGGUGUGCAACGGUCAUUAUUUCGAGCCCAAUAUGCCGAAGAUAUCCGGCCAGAACCUCUUCGUCGGCGAGCAGAUUCACAGUCACGAUUACAGAGUUCCCGAGAUUUUUAACGGCAAGAAUGUCGUUGUCCUGGGGGCAGGACCUUCCGGUAUGGAUUUGGCUUUGGAAAUAUCCAAGAACGCGAAUCGUGUGAUUCUGAGUCAUCACAUAAAAGAGACUAUACUCACAGUGUUCCCUGAGAACGUUGUGCAGAAAGCCGAUGUGGUGGAAUUGACGGAACGCGAAGCAGUUUUUGCAGACGGCACAAAGGAGCAGGUCGAUGUCGUCUUCCAUUGCACGGGAUACAAAUAUAGCUUUCCUUUCCUCGCUAAAUCCUGUGGAGUUCGAGUAGACUCCAACAUGGUCACGCCACUCUGGAAACAUCUGGUGUCCAUAGAGAAUCCUACCUUAGCAUUUGUGGGACUUCCAUUCUACGUCUGCGCGUUUAGCAUGUUUGAUUUGCAGGUGCGAUUCAUCCUACGACACUGGCACGGCGAGAGGCAGUUUCCCGCGAGAGCGGAUAUGUUGCGCGACGAAGCCGAGGAGAUGGCGAGACGUGCAGAGAGAGGCCUGAAGAAGAAGCACUUUCACAUGAUGGGCCCGGAGCAAGGUCACUAUUACGACGACCUGGCGAACACCGCAGGAGUCACAUCGCUGCCUCCCGUGCUGGCAAAACUGCACAAUGCGAGCAGUCAACGCUUCGUAGACGACCUGGUGCACUACCGAGAAGACCGCUACCGCAUCAUCGACGACUACAACUUCAUUCAGCUUUAAUGUUCAAUGUAAAUUAUGCCGAUGGAGUUGUACUUUCCCGUACUUUCUUCGUGGUUAUCUGGUGUCGCGAGUUGCAAAGGGGAAUUCUCGCGCUCCUCUCAUCGCUCGCAAAUCGGGCUUUCUUUUAUGCGUGAAAUUAAAUAUUGCGUAGCCAAUAUUAAAUACUCGACUAGUGCGUUAUUCUUUUAUAUAUAAAUAUACAACGCACAUAUAUAAAAUUAAUACACGGAUAUAGUCGCGGGUACUUUUUUGAGAAAUGAUUCGCACUGAGCCUUACCUAUAUAUAUAUAAUCAAUUGCACGAGCAGAAGAAACGCAUCCCAUUUUUCCAGCUUCCAAUCCUGGCGUCCUAAAUUUUCAGAAAAAGAAGGAUCGAUCUCCGGAUAACCCUCAAGUUUUUACACCAAAUGUAAAUCUCACGAGAUACUGAGCCGAGUUUCAUCGUAACAUCAACUCACGCGUCUUUUCAAAUAAUCCUAACCCCAAUCACACGCAGAAUCGCGAAUUGCACAUAGAACCGAUAUUGCCUCGAUAAUAGGGAGUUUCUGCAAUACUGUCUCUCAGAUACAGUAAACGUAAAUCGUAAACGUUAUUCGCGUAGAAAUAAGGUCACAAUGUACGCGAUCAAUCAGCAUUCACGAUUCACGUUUAACGUAUAUGAAAGACGGUAUUGCAAAAACUUCCCAGUAUUUUUAUCGUUCAAUCCUUAACCCUUUCGCUGCUGAAUUAACUUCUCUUGAGAAAAUUAUUAAAAUAUUUGGUAGUCCUACGGUUUUUGAAUCACUGAUUACGAAUCUAAAAUCAGA